AUGACCUCCUCGUUGAAUUACUCUAACGAGAACCACAGGAUCAAAAUAACAACCAGCAAGAAAUGGGUGUUGCCUCCAAGACCUAGAGCCAGCAAGAAGAAAGUCGCAACCACAGCGCCGGAAAGUCUUCCUGCUGCAGCCUCUUCGGCUACUCCUCGCGUGAAUACACCUCAGCAGGAAUGCUCUCGUCGUCCACCACAACCUAACCAUGACAUCCUUGCCAAUGCCAUCAAAAAUAAUCCUUUAAAACAGGCCAUUAUCACAAUCAAUGAGGAAAACUACUAUUUGAAGCUGAAAGUUAUCAAGCUUGUAGCAGAGCUGAAGCUGAUGCAAUCUGAACGGUUCAAAAAGAAGAGCAGGAUAAUUGCAAGAUAG